UUGAGCUGCAGCUCUGAACACAAGUCAGCCUCGGGAACAUCUCAUCGGACACCUCACAGGGAGAAAGAUCCAUUCUUGAGAGAGGUUCAGGAUAGUCUAUCAUUUUAUUGUUCUGUCAGAGUAAAAGGGGGGCUGUGGAAAAAAAAAAAGGGGUGGUGCGUCUGAGAGAGAGAUCCUAUUACAGAGAUCCAGACUUUUUCAUGGCAAGUUUUUUGGAGGUGGGGGGAGGGCGAAUUUACAACUUUCUCGGCCUGGUUCCCUUUCUUACCCAGCGUAAAUACCUCAAAACAACAUUUAAAGAAUCCGAUUGAAAGUGUUCGUCGCGUUUUUCAUGACUUCUUGGAGCUUUUGGAAUCUGGAUAAUGAAGGAAUUCUGGGAGAUCUCGCAAGGAUCGGACGAGAAGUGCAGAGUAAAAAAGUUUGGGAGGACUGCGAGACAACUUUAAGGCUGUUUCCACUCAGCAUGCAGAGUUUGGAAACCUUCUUAAAAUCUAAUGAAGAAAACGUAAUCGAUCAUUGACCGUGGACGCGGCAUAAGUGAAGCGAUAGGAUACAAAGUAAUCUCAUCUGUGCACAGUUAUACUCUCUCUCCCAAGAUGUCUUCCCAGGCUCGCAGGAGCCCCAUUGUUGGAUUUUACGGGAUGCUUUCCCUCUGGGCUGCCUGGAUCUCUGGCUCCGGGGCAGUUUUGUCUCCGAAUGGGACCAUCUUCGAGGAUCAGUGCAAGAAAACAACAACCUGUGAAGCUCUGAAAUACAACACAUGUCUGGGAUCGCCUUUACCAUACACACAUACAUCUCUGAUCCUGGCGGAGGACUCCAGCACCCAAGAAGAUGCCUUUGAGAAGUUGACCAUGUGGUCUGGUUUGCGUAACGCUCCUCGGUGUUGGUCGGUCAUCCAGCCUUUGCUCUGUGCCGUCUAUAUGCCCAAAUGUGAGAACGGCCGAGUGGAGCUCCCCAGUCAGAAUCUGUGUUUGGCUACACGUCGGCCCUGCAGCAUCGUGGACCGGGAGAGAGGCUGGCCCAACUUCCUCAAAUGUGACCAUUUCCCUCUGGGCUGCUCGAAUGAGGUACAGAAGCUGAAGUUCAACACGUCAGGACAGUGUGAGGCUCCUCUGGUGAAAACAGACAUUCAGUCGAGCUGGUACAAAGACGUGGAGGGCUGCGGCAUCCAAUGUGACAACCCUCUGUUCACAGAGGAGGAACACAAUGACAUGCACGCCUACAUCGCUUACUUUGCCACCAUCACUCUCCUCUGCACCUUCUUCACACUGGCUACAUUUCUUGCCGACUGGAAGAACUCCAACCGUUACCCGGCUGUCAUCCUCUUCUACAUCAACGCCUGCUUCUUUGUGGGCAGUAUCGGCUGGCUGGCUCAGUUCCUGGACGGAGCACGGGAGGAGAUCGUGUGCAAGAGCGACAACACCAUGAGACUCGGGGAGCCCUCGUCUUCUGAGACGCUCUCGUGUGUCACCAUCUUCAUCAUCGUGUACUACUCCCUGAUGUCGGGUGUGAUCUGGUUCGUCAUGCUGACCUACGCCUGGCACACGUCGUUCAAAGCACUUGGCACCACUCACCAGCCGCUGUCCGGCAGAACCUCCUACUUCCACAUGGUCACCUGGUCCAUUCCCUUCGUCCUCACUGUAGCCAUCCUCGCUAUUGCUGAGGUGGAUGGAGACUCAGUGAGUGGGAUCUGUUUUGUGGGCUACAAAAACUACAGAUACCGUGCUGGCUUUGUGCUGGCUCCUAUUGGAGUGGUGCUGGUUGUUGGUGGCUACUUCCUCAUUCGAGGUGUGAUGACUUUGUUUUCCAUUAAGAGUAACCACCCAGGACUACUAAGUGAGAAAGCAGCCAGCAAAAUCAAUGAGACCAUGCUGAGACUCGGUAUAUUUGGCUUUCUCGCUUUUGGCUUUGUUCUUAUCACCUUCGGCUGCCAUUUCUACGAUUUCUUUAACCAGGCUGAAUGGGAGAGGAGCUUCAGAGAAUAUGUGCUGUGUGAAGCCAACGUGACAAUCGCCUCCAAGACCAACAAGCCGAUCCCAGAGUGCACCAUAAAGAACCGUCCCAGCCUGAUGGUGGAGAAAAUCAACCUGUUCUCCAUGUUUGGGACUGGAAUCGCUAUGAGCACCUGGGUCUGGACCAAGGCCACCAUCCUCAUCUGGAAGCGGACCUGGUGCAGGAUAAUCGGACGCAGCGACAAUGAACCAAAGAGGAUCAAAAAGAGCAAGAUGAUCGCAAAAGCCUUCGCGAUGAGGAAGGAGCUUCACAAGGACCCAGAGAAGGAGCUGUCAUUCAGCAUGCACACGGUGUCCCAUGAUGGUCCAGUGGCUGGAAUUAAUUUUGAGCUGAAUGAGCCAUCGAAUGACAUGUCCUCAGCCUGGGCGCAGCAUGUGACCAAGAUGGUUGCCAGGCGAGGUGCCAUCCUGCCGCAGGACAUUUCUGUGACUCCUACCGGUACACCAGUGCCCCCUCCAGAGGAGAGGAACCGGCUGUGGAUGGUUGAAGCUGAGAUUUCCCCAGAGAUGAUAAAGAGGAAAAAGAAGAAGAAGAAGAGGAGGAAGGAGGUGCGUCCGGAGGAGGAGAUGGUGGACCACCACGCUUACCGCCAGCGUGAGUUUGGACGAAGCUCGGUGCCUCGCCUCCCCAAACUGCCAACCCACCCGAGUCUGGUGGCAAACCUGCGGCAUCAGCAAAAGAUGGAGCAGGAAGUCCUGCCAGGGUCCUUCCCAGAUUUCCAGCCCUCCCACCCCUUGUCUUGUGAGGAGAGGGGUCCCUACCCACAAUACCAGAGCAGCUCAAACAGCCAUGGCCGCAGCCACCGGCUCUCUAACCCUUUAACCUACGACGAUCGCCCGGAGGAUCUGGGUCUUGGCCCCCGCUGCCCCCCCUCAGCCUCCACCUGGCAGCCCAGUGGUUCCUCCCGCUACCCCAGAGAGAUGGAUCGCACAGAUGGGCUUUCAGAGAGGAUGGCCCAUGUGGCUCGGGUACCGGCAAGUCGGAGGACCGGUUAUGGGCCCGUUCACUCCCGGACCAAUCUGAUGGAGGCGGAGCUCAUGGAUGCGGACUCUGACUUCUAAGAGCAAAUCACCAACAUUUGACUUUGUGGUACACAGACAGUAAGCUACAAGAAGUGCUGGAAACUUUCAAACUCUUACUGACGUGCACCGAAUCCUCUCCGCUAAGAGGGAAAGAUGGAACUAAGCUGGUCCAUUUUCUGAUUUUGUUUUUUUAAAAGAAAAGGGACAAAGCUGAAAUAUGAUGUGAAUAAGUUAUGGGGAAAAUAUUUUUAUACUAUAUUUGGUCCCAAAAUAAAAUUCAAAAGGCAACUCCAUGAUGACAAGACAAACGAGGCAGCUAAACUUUACAUGGCUUGAAACAAAAAUAUUUCGACGUUGAAUCCCCCCCCCCCAUGCAUUCAUUAGUUAAGGUGUCAAGAAUACAAUUAUGAAUUGAAACAGCCAUCUUGUUUUUGAAUAACAGGACAUUUGAAGAUGUUGGUCAUCCAUAAAACUUAAAGUUGGUUGUAAUCUUUAAUAUUUGACUGACAGCUCUUGUAUGAUGUAUACUGUCCAAAAACAGUCAAAUGAGACCUACACAGAAGACCAUACAGAUAAAAGAAAGGCCCAUACUCUCCUUCUGUAUCAGAUUUUAAGUUAAGUAGAGCUCAUUUAUGUCUCUCCACUUAAGUCAUAACUUGUGUUACAAUAAACUUGAGGUACUCUCCAUUUUCCUAUUAGAAUAACUUAAUACAAUAGUACUCAGCAUUACCUGGUGCCCUCUCUGGUUUAUCUAGUCUACUGAAAGUGUGCUCUGUUGAAUCUUUAAGUACACCUUUAAAUGACUGCAGCAGGGCGAAAAGUUCCAUUACUGUAGGCCUGAAACAACAACACGUCUUCUAUGUCUUUUAAGUGACUUUUUUGUAUUUUGGUAUAUCACAGUUGCUGGCAUGAAACAAAGUAUUUUUUGCACUCUGUUGCCUGGUGCAAUAAGCCGACAAUGUGCUUAUUCUUUUCCUUGAGAAGAAGACUCAAAUGGCCAUCUUUUUCUCAAUGAGUUCUCUUUGUGAAUGUCCACACAGAGUUUCUUUUUGUACAGCUUUGUCUAAAGUGUUAUUUUUUUAUAGCAGUAUUUCUACUUGUAUGUAUCUGAUGUACAUAUUCACUCCUGACUGGGCUUCAUAUGUGCUUACCAGUUGAAAAUCUUUUUGUAUGAUGUGUUUUAGACUGCAGUGGACUUAGAAGUUACAGGUUACUUUACUUUGUUUCUAAAUGUUUCCAUGUUCUGCUCUCUAUUUCUAUGUGUGUGUACUGUAUAUAGGAUGUUCAUAGAAUCCUCAGUAAGGGUAUUAUUUGUACAUAUUUAUAUAUCAAUCACUUGAUCACUCUGCUGAUAAAAUGAAAUAAAAAGGGAAGAGUCUACAGUUAUGAAAAGUUGUCACUGUGCUUGUGCUGUAACCAAACUUUCACCCAUAAAUGUUAUUGUAAAGUCAGUAUGGAUAAAUGACGCUACAGUGCAGACAUAUUCUUUUCCAUUGAAAGUCAGUUUGUGUCCAGUUAUGUUGAUGUUUAUUUAUGUUUUAGAUAGCACACUACUACAAAUUCAACAACACAGUUGGUUUGGUAAAAAGAAUACAGAAUAGCUGAACAUUUAAUGAAGAUUAUGUUUGAAUUAUUUUUCAAAUAUCCUGCUUUGAAAAGUGAUGCAUUCAGUUUUGUAAGCUUUUUAUUGAUAUACACCAUUUGGCCUUGUUUGUCUUUAUCCCGACUGUGUUUAAAAAAAAAAAAAAAAGGUUUACUGUCACUUUGACUUUGCAGCUGUACUUUCUUUUAUGUCAAUAAAAGUAAUAACCCCUAACA